GCACCGCCAUCCGGUUCAUACGCUCAGCGGAACCCCUGCUUCGAGGCAUCGUAUACGAGCUCUGGAAUAUCUGAGAUACUCAACCCGUGGCAUACUAGCUCGUACUAUCUCGCUUCAUUCCGUCAAACUCUGGAACAACGUCGAUUUGCAUCUCCUGAAAUCUUGCUGAGUACUAUGGAAACAGCUGACCCUCCAAAAUGCCCCGUCAACGGGUGCACCAUUCCUGUCGACAUUUAUCUGAGGUCGAGUGACGGCGUCCUGGUCGGCGCGCACACGGGCAACCUCGAGAUAUUCAGCGAUGCGUUUCCUUCGACGUCGUUAUCCGCGCCGCCUUCCGAACCGGUCUCGCUGACCGAGACCGCCGUCGUGCUCCAGCUGCUCAUGCACUUCAUGCACAACGUCCGACAGCCGUCGCUCGAAGAAGAGCCUUUUGACGUCGUGCUUGGCUUCGCGGAGGCGGUCGAGAAGUAUGGCGUUCAUGCGGCAGAUCAGCUGUGCUGGUUUAACAUGCGAGACCACAUACCGGAAAACGCGCUCGAAGUACUCAAAUUCAGCGCGAAACACAAUCUCGAGGACCUCGUGCAGCUGGCUGCCCCUGAAACGAUAGGAUACAGCUUCAGCGAAGUGGUGCACGCCCUGUCGAGCGAGCCAGCGACGCUGGCGCGCUGGGCCGACUACUGCCAACACUGGGAUGGCGUCUUCCACAAUUGCCUAAUAGGACCACCGCUCGACCCAUGGUACUACGACCCCGAGGACGAGUACCACGGGUACUCUCAUGCAGGCGAGAUUGGGCAGCCAGCCAGUGGGGAGUGUGUGCUGUUCUAUCGCCUCCAGACCAGGUUCUGCCAAGCGAUGUUGCAUGAAGGGCGCGGCUCAUUGCUAGACGCCAAGACACACAUGGAUGAUAAUAGGGGGUUUGUAGAAGCCUGCGAUGCUUGCGAUAUCAUCAUAGAAAGGUGGCUCGAUAGGAUACAAAAAGAGGUCCAGCGUGCCAAGCAACAUAGAUUUUAGAUAGCUUCUGUAUUGCUCUUGUAUUCCGUCCAUGUAUCGAACUUUUGCGCUCUCUGAGGGUGAGG